GAGUGUACCGGGCAGCUUGCAAUUUGUUCUGGCUUGACCUGACCAGCAACUCGACACCGAGGGUGCCGCUGAGCUACGCAAGGGUGCGUGAGUGGGCACAGACUGUCUUUGGCAAGGGGCCGCGCCACUUCAAAGACCUCAUUCUCGUUGCAGCCCCUGCAGCUGACUCGGACUUGCUUGCUUUGCGCGGAUCUUGGAAACAAGUGACGCCGGAAGAGCUGACUCACAGCACUGUGUUUGCGCUGGCAGACCGCAUCACAGCAGGCGCCGGUGAGGAAGAGCUGCGAUCAUGGCGUUCCUGCUUGCUGAGCACGCCGAUGAUGUUCAGUGUCCUGGGCAACGAGGAUGCAAUCUAUUGGGAGGCAUACGACCAGAGGCAGAGGAUUGUCCAAAGCCACGACACUAUCAAGAGGUCAGCCCGGCAGUGGGCGCACGAGAUCAUGGCGUUCAAAGAGAGGAAGGAGCAGGAGCUUGGCGAGGCGUUGACUUCAAAGCGCUUGCAAAUGCUGUUCAAAGAUGGCUCAAAGCACACCGAGGCUCGCUCCACCAAGAUCGAAACUGGCGCGGACAACUUCGUUGCAGACUGUCAAAGGGUUUACGAGAAACUGUUGACAGACAACUACUGCAACGCCAAGCUCGAGUCGUUGGAGCGCCAAUUCGGACUGGAGUCGCCGCUCAAUAGCCUUCUCAAGCUCCGUGUCAUCAUAGAGAAAACAAGCAACGUCGAACAGCGGCGCUGGGUGUUGGGCUUUUUCGAAGAUGCAUUGUCGACUGGCAAACUGAGCUGCGACGCGGUUGGAAAGAGCUACCUCCAGGGCUCGCCAACUGCUGCUUCAGCCGUGGACUUCAUCAAGUUCCGCCGGCAGGCUGUGGACUUCUUCCUGGAGCUUGUCAAGCAGCAUCUGGCCAACGUGGAGAUCUACAGGCAGACAGUCACUGCUAAGCCAGAUGCCGAUGGGGUUGUGGCGAGCCAGUGGCAAGCUGGUCUGAAG